AUGUUGCUGCUGGUGCUGUUGCUGGCGCACGCGGCGCACGCGCAGUACGAGGCGAAGGAAGAAGAUGGCGUCGACGUGUUGACCACGCCAAUGCACGGCGAGGCUUGCGGAUACGCGAGCUGCCUUCCCAUCCAGCCAGGCUGGCUGAACGUGCACAUCGUACCUCAAACACACAGCGAGUUGGGACACGGAUACAAUUUCCAUCAGCAUUUCACGGGAGAGGACCCACCCUUCCCGAAGAACACGAUAAACAUGAAGAGGAUCCUGGACGCUAUACUCACAGAAUUAUGGAACGAAGAACGUCGCAGAUUCACACUAUCAGAUACGGCAUAUCUUUUCCAUUGGUGGAAAAAUCGACAUCCUUCAGUCCAUCGUAUGAUGUACCAGCUGAUCCGCCAAGGCCGUCUGACCAUCGUGGGCGGUGGUCUUGGAGUCAGCGACGAAGCCUCCACCAGCUACCACGCCAUCAUCGACCAAUUCAGCUACUCACUCAGGAAGCUGAAUUCUACGUUCCGCGCAUGCGCGCGCCCUCUAGUGGCGUGGGCGGCAGACGUGUAUGGACAUUCGCGGGAGUUCACGUCUCUCAUGGCACAGAUGGGAUAUGACGCGUUAUUCAUAAACCCAAUCAGCUACGACGAAGAAGUGGCGCGCAUGCGGCGAAAAUCAUUGGAGUUCUUGUGGCGCGGCAGCGACGACCUUGGUCCGUCGACGGAUAUGUUUACGCACAACCUGUUCGACGGGUACUGGGCGCCCCCUGGUUUCUGUUUCAGCAAGCUGUGUACCGAUCCACUGCUGGUUACCUCUAGCAGACUCUUUUCUGACUUAACGGACCGGGUAGACAAAUUCAUCGAAAGCGUGCUAUACCGCCAAGCACCGAACUUCGAGACGCGGAACGUGAUGGUGAUCAUGGGACAUCGGAAAGCCUACUCUGAUGCCCGCGUCUGGUUCGAAAACAUCGAGAAACUAAUCGCUCACACAAAUUGGAGGGCGAACCAGAAAAAACUCAACGUAACUAUGUUCUACUCAAACCCGCCGUGCUACCUGGCCGCUGUCCAUGACGAGAUCCCCGAGUUGGAGACAAAACAGGACGAUUUCUUCCCGUACGUGCACGACAAGGACAGCUAUACAGUCGGCAUGUACUCUUCGAGGCCCACGUUCAAGUACCUCAUCAGGGAGGCGCACGUCUACCUGCAGAUAGCGAAGCAAAUGCAAGUGACUGCCAACAUGGGCCCGUAUACAAACAUGUUUGAAGACUUCAAUUGGGUCAUGGGGGUGGUCCAAGACCAUAGCGUGGCGUCCGGGGUGCUGCGGCAGCGGGUCAAGCAGUACUACACGACCAGGAUCGACGCGGCCGUCACCAAAUCUACGGACUUCAUUUCUAAAGCUUUUACUAAGCUACGCUCGAGUCCCAACCACGUGUCGUACUACCGGUGCCAGUUCAACAUAUCUUCGUGUUAUGGGUCGCGGUUCAUCAAGUAUAGCAUCCAGGUGUACAACCCGUUGGGCUGGCCCGUGACUACGCCUGUGCGGCUACCCGUCUAUCCCACAAACAGCUUGUUUAAAGUCUACAACAACGACGGCGAAGAAGUAAAAUCAGCGACAAUAAGAUUGCCAGACACAAUAUUGAAAAUUAAAAAUCGCCCAAAAGCAGACUAUGAAGUGGUUUUCAUUGCAGCCAACAUCCCACCGGUGGGAUUUCGGUCCUAUUAUAUAGAAGCACAGUUCUUUAAAGGUAAAAUGUUAAUUAAAAGAGGGGGCGAAAGAACCGAAGAAUAUGAAGACGGUACAGAAGAGAAAACUAUGCCAUCUGUUUGGAAAGAAAGUAAACAAGAAUCUAGACCAAGAAAAGAUAAACAUGAAAUGAAAGUAUUGGGUUUAGAAGCCAAUAAACGAGAGAAGAAAAUGAUUGCACCUGAAGCACUUAAUACCCUAAAUAUGACUAAACGUGAGAACGGACAAAUGCUAGCUACAGAGGUAUUAAAAGAUACUGCAAAUAAUUACAUGAAGGACAGGAUUCAUGUUGACGACGUAGAUAACGAUCAAAUAGAAAGUACUACAGAAGAAUUAAUGCUUCCGAUGCUAAAGGAAUUUACUAAGCCGGAAGCCGGAGUUAUGCUUCCCAUGCUAAGAGACUUUUUACAAAAAUCUAAAGUUCUUAAUAAGUUAGACUUCGUUGACACUGAAAAAGAACUAUUAUCAUCUCAGGAGUUGAAACAUGAACCUGUAACAGAGACUGAAUUUGAGACUACAUAUACAACUGAAGCAGAUAUAAAAAUCCCUUUCAGAAAAAACAUUACAAGAUUCAGUGAAUUACAAGAUAUAAUGGUAGAACCGGAUAUAAGAGUACAUAUUGUUCGUUCUACAAAGGGACCAAAUACACAAAUACCACAUGGAAUAAAACCAGAAGAGCCUUAUUUUAGACCGUUUAGAACAACAGCAGUACCAGAUAUAAGAGUAUUUAUACCGGGCAGAGACAGGCCAGAUAUAAAGAAAUCAGUAAAUACAGAUAUAAAAGUACCAGUUAACAAAUCUACAGUUAAAACUAAGGCAAGAAAAGAGUCAGAAUCAGUAGACUUUGAAGAAGCUAAAACAGAAUCAUUAGAAAUAGUGCCCGUUCAAACGACUUCAACAAGAUCUGCAGUGUAUGUAGCUGAGUGGUCUAGCACAACUGAAUCAGUAUUAGUAGUACCAGUUAGAAAAAUGUGGGAACAAGAUGCUGAAACAAAAAAUAAUGAAGAAGCUCUAGAAUAUACAACUGAAUCAGUAAAUACACCAGUCGAUGUAGCACAGUUAGAAAAGAGACGAAAAAACGAAAUACCGCAGGCUUUUAACGUAGAAGCGAGUAGAAAUACCGAUACACUUAUAGAUACUGACUCGAUAGUAGACAUAGGUGGCCAGAACGAAGACAUUGAGCAAAUUGAAAAUUCAGAAAGGUUCAGAACAUACUCACUAACCACUGAAGAGGUAGAAAGGUUCGUACCAUACUUACAAACUACCGAAGGGAUUGAGCGAGUUCCAAAUAAAGAAUAUAUUGAAUCAAGCACUGGCGUAGAACCUACUACAACUCAGAGUACCGAUGACGUAUCUAGUUCCACUGACAAUAUUAGAUCUACUGGAGCAUAUGACGAUAAACUAUUGUCUGUGUCUCCAAUUGCAACUAGAACUCCAACUUUUGCUGCAGCUGCUGAUAUUGUUGAUUCUAAUGAAAAGUAUUUCAAAGUAGAUGAUGGAAGCCGAUUAUUCAUUGGAAACAAGUACGUCCGCGUCAACCUCGACGAAAGACGCCGUGUCACCAGCAUCUUCCUUCGGAACGGAGUCCGCAUCAACCUUGAGAUCCUCAUGUUCCACUAUGUCUCCGACGACCCCGCCAAGUUUGACAUCAGGACAGUACCACGAAGAGACAUCAAGCCACCUGGAGCGUACAUCUUCAGACCUAUUGACCCUUACAUUAUUAGGUCGGAGGACAACUAUGAUGUCAGCAUUGUAAAGACAGAUAUAGUUGAGGAAAUGCGUAUAACUUUUAGCAAUUGGACGUCUUUGCAGCUGCGGUUGUAUGUGGAUAGUCCGGUUAUUGAACUGCACUGGUUGGUCGGCCCGAUCCCCACAGACGACGGCCUGGGUAAGGAGGUGUUCAUCCGAUACAAAACCGACCUGGACCACGACGGAGCCUUUUACACGGACUCCAACGGACGACAGACCAUCAAGCGGAUCAGAGGAACUAGGGCCACGUACGAGCCUGUAGAUCUGGACCCUAUCACAGGCAACCUAUACCCCGUGACGUCAAAGAUCUACAUCGAAGACCUGAGGAAGAACAUCCGUUUCUCGGUGUUCAACGAUCGGUGCCAGGCCGGCGGCGCUUUGAUAGAUGGCGCCAUUGAUCUCAUGCUGCAUCGGAGGCUUCUCACUGACGAUAUAGGUUUUGGCGCAUUUUUAAACGAGACAGAAAACGACGAACCAAUCAGAGCAGCAGGCACCCACUAUCUCUACCUCUCUAAGGCGCUCAGAAACAAAAUAUUCGAAAAGAAAUUAGCUAAAGAAAUAGCUUUCGCUCCCCGCGUUUUAACAUCCAACCACCUAAUGUACACCGAUGAUAUGAGAAAACAGUUUUAUGAUAGUAAAAACGAAUUUAGUGCUCUUAAAGAGAAAUUACCUCUUGGUGUGCAUCUUUUAAGUCUCGAAAGAAUAACUCCGGAAGAGAUGUUAGUGCGACUCGAAAAUUACUUGGAAAAAGUUGAUGCGACAAGUGACGGUGUACGGUAUGUGCGAUUAAGGGAUCUUUUUAAAGACAUAAAGGUUGUUUGGUUGAAAGAAACGCUGUUAGCCGGUAAUAUGUACAAGGAGCAAUGGAAGCCGACGCAGUGGAGAAAGAAGAAUUUGUUUUAUAGAAGAUUUAAUGAUUAUUAUGGCGGUAGGAAUGAUACUUUUGAAGAGGAACAGCUGGAUGUAGGUGACGAGUUGGGUGGGAGAGGUGUUAGAUUAGCUCCGCAGCAGAUUAGAACAUUUAUUGUUAAAUAUAAAUAUAGCCACAAGAUGGCAGAACCUCCAAUUGAUUCGAGUUAA